AGGUACGUUCAGUGCGUUCACAGGAUAUUUUGAAUUUGUAUAGAUUUGAAAUAACCAUUAAUAUGCCCGACUUUGAUCAUGAAAGGGAACCAUGUAUCGUUAUUAAACUUCCCUUUUUCAGCAUUCCACAAAAGCAAUUAUAGCAAUGUAUGUAUAACAUAUAUUGAAGAAUUUUUAUGCUGCUGUAUUUCAUUAUUCUCUACUGAUUGGGUUCAGUUGGAUUAUGGUCAUAAAUAAAUCUAACAAGUAGUUAAAUUUAAUUCUAUUAGAUAAACAAUGGAAACAGGAAAUCUUGAAAAGCAGUCUCCUUCAAGGGGGUUAAAGCAGGUGAAAGUGGAUAACUGGGGAACUUUCUUUCUUCAGCGGCUUCAACAACUUUAUUUUGAUGAACAGUUACUUGACCUUACCAUCAAAUUUCCCACCAGUGAUAUAACUGUUCAGGCUCAUCGCUUAGUUAUAACAACAUGCACAAACUAUUUCAUGCAACUAGAGCAAGAACAAAAAGCAAAAGAUAAGAAUUUUGAUGGUGUUAUUACUAUGCCAUCAGACAUGCCAUAUGAAUGUGUCAAGUCAGUUAUAAGUUUUAUGUACACUGGACAGUUGGAAUAUUGGACUUCUGAUCAACAUGCUCUCUAUAGGACAGCACAGAAAAUGAAUAUGACUGUUCUAACUAAAUUACUUGAUGCACAAUUUAAUACUGCUUCUUUACAAAACGAACAAUCAGCAAAGUGCAAUACUCCACCAGUAACAACAGCUUCAAAACCUUCAACAUCCACCCCAAAACCAGUAACUACUUCCACAUCAUCCACUACACCAUCUUCAGGACUUUCGAAUCAACCUUUACCUGGUAGAAAACUUCCUAUUUGGAAAAGGAAAUUAGAUGGACCACAAAAUACGUCAUCAUUUAAGUACGAAAUGCGAACAUUCCAUGGGAUUCCCCCACCAAAGCCUACAGAAGUGACCCCCGGUCCUUCACGAUUCGAUCUCCCGGAAGCCGAAGAAUUUGCACUCGGCGUAUUUUCAUCGUUCGACGAUAUUACUUACAAUACAAAACCAAUUGUGCAAGCACCAGAUGUAUAUAAGAGAGACAAUUCGCCUAGUGGUAAAUGUUCCCCAGACGGAGAUAGUAAAAAUGAUACGACUGAAGAUGAGGAGGACGAAAAUCACAUGAACGAGAAGAGCUUAAAAGAGAUGAAUUCCGAUGACGAUUGGUCUGUGAGUAGAUGUUUCCAAAGGGGUCAAGAAACACAACCCUCGCCAUCCAAGAAAGUGAGAUUCGAUCGUGAAGAGAAAGAGAAUAUGGAAAAGGGAAAAUCAUCGCAUAAAGCGAAUUCAGAAGAUUCGAUCAACAACCACGCAAAAAUUAUUCGUGAAGUACUGAAAAAAUACCCUCAUUUAGUAAAGAAUAACAAGAAUAUACGUUUGAAGAUAAUGCAGAAAGAAGCGAAAUCGUCGGAUAGUAAUUCCGCGUCUAAAACGAAAGUCUCUUACGUGGUUCUAAAAUCUGAUCAUUUGAUGUCGAGCAAUAAUAGCGAGGAAAACGAAUCAAAAAGUAAUGGAACCGUGGACGGUGGUGAGACCGGUCCUUGGAAAUGCAAUAAGUGUGACUUAGAAGAAGAAUACACAAAUUACUAUAUGUACAGAAGACACAUGCAGGAUGUGCACGAGGAGAAAUUCGACCCAAGAAUCUGCGAGCACUGUGGUUAUAAAGCGACCAAACGAAACAUCUUGAUGUAUCAUCUUUACACGAAACACAAUGUGCCUCCCCCCAAAAGCAUGUGUUUCCCGAAGUGUCAGUCAUGUUCUUAUGUCGCACUUUCGGAGACGCUGUUAGUAAGACAUCAAAUUAAUCAUAACCAUCGACCAACAUCGCGUCAACACGUAUCAGCCUCGGAGGAGAUUCAGUGUAUACAAUGUUCGCAGACAUUCAAAGAUGUUACAGAAUUGACUACACACGAAAUUCAUACUGGCCAUGGGAAUUUAGCAGAUGGCAAAGAAAAGGGCCACCGUUGUACUCACUGCGGCAAGAUUUUUGUACGGGCUACAAAUUUGCAGGUCCACCUCGACUGCGUUCACAAGGAUCUACGAGAUUCUGAAAACGUAUCCAUGCCAUCGUUGUCCUUGGAGCCCUCCUCAGAAGCUGAAGCCCUUAGCCACGUAGCGAGUGGAAUAGCAACUUCUUUGGGUGUCGGAGACAACGUUCCCGCAGAGUCUCACGAGGCGACUUCAAACGUCUCCGAAUACAUCGUACCCGAGAUGCAGUUAAACAAUAUUUCCCAUGAGAUAACUUACAACACGCACGAGCUCGAUGGACAGCAGAUGAUUAUGCUGAUCGAUAAUGAUAAUUAUCCGCAACAAGAGAAUGAGCAGCAACAGCAACCACAACAGUUGAACAUCACUGAUAACGAACAGAUUGUGAUGCAAGGUACAGAAGAUGGAAUGAUUGUUUAUAUCCAUGGUAGUGAAGGAACAGAAAGACAAACGUACGAGAAUUAUCAGCAAGAUGAACUUGGUGAAGAGACUGAGGAGAUAGUGGAGGAGGUGGUUGAAGAAGUUGAGGAGAAAGUGAUGGAUGAAGAUAUGCAAGUUGAACAAUCAGAGACAUUAGAGGAAUGUAAUGAUGAUCAAGUAGAAGAAGUUAUUCAGUAUGUGGAAGAACAGACUGAAAUAGUAGAAUACGAUGAACAAUGCAGCGAACAAAGUAAUAGUGCAGACGAGGCCCAUGAAUCAGUCAUGAUCAUUGAAGAAGAACAUGUUGAAGGAGAACAGGAAGCUGAGAAAACUAACGAGCAAAACAAUACAAGAGGCUUUACUAAGUGGGACGAGGACAGUAGAGAAUUAUCUGAAUCAUAAAUAACAAUAUUAUUACUAUAUUUGCUUUGUCACUUCUUAUGUUUUAUUAGUGUUUACGACUAACAAAGCGCGAAAUAUUUCGAUUGCAUUUCAUUAUACUUCUUCAUUCUAAUACUUGUUUGACUUAUAUAUAAUAGAUUAAACAGAAUUGCUUUAUACAGACACAAAAGGAAUAAUGUAUUUUCUGUAUAGUUGCAACUUAUAAUUUCUUUAGACAUACACUUGUAUAAGAUAGAAAAAAAAAA